AGUAUGCAUCAGGUCAGCAGAGUUUCGACGGGAAGGUGGACGGUCACAACAGUGUAUUUUAAAACAUUUUCAGGCUAAUUCGCUUUAAUAGGACAUGUGUUUUCCUGCUGAGUAGGCGUGUACUAAUUGCAUCGUUCUGAAUCGUGGGCUGUGUGUUUACAUACAGUUAGCGAACUUGUGUUUUUGAUUGAUUAGUUGCAGUGCAUUACCAGCUCAUUCAUGGCUCUGAUAGUGACCGAUCAGGGCUCCAAACUGAACGGGACCUCGGCGAUUUACGGCCGAGUUGGACCAAGAAAAGAAGUGUUUCAAGGCAAGACGGAGGGCUUUAGAGCCGCCAAAGUGCAACCUAAAGAGUCGGACUAUUCAACAGAUGGACUGCCAAAAGCCUUCCUACACAGCCUGAGGACCCUGUUUGACAUUUUGGAUGAUAGUGGCCGAGGCUAUGUCCACAUUUCGGAGAUUGAGAGCCGCUGGCAGGGGGCCGACACACGGGACCUGCCUGGCGGGGUGCUGGGCUGCCUCAGGAGGGUCACCCCACCGCAUGGCUGCCUCACCUUUGAGCGGUUCGUUGCAGGGCUGCGCUACUCCAUGCUCAACCCGGAGCACAGCGCCCACUUUAAGGCCCAGGCCGCGGUGCACCCACAGCAGGCACUGCAGCAGAAACCCGCCCCGCUGUCUACAUGCAGCGUGGGGACUCGGGUUGAGAACAAGGUCCGUCCGCUGGGGCCGAGCAACGUGACCAACACCCUGCAACACCGGUCCUCCUCCCUGCAGAGCCGGGCCAGGCUUGAGGACGCACCCGGGUACCCGGCGUGUGUACCGGUGCGCUACGGAGUGGGCUUUGAGAGGUCAGUGCGUUCGGAGCAGAACUCAGGAGCUCCGGCGGCCGGGGUGUACCGGGCCGAACCAGGCCAUGCCCCAAAACCCACACAGCCGCAGCACAGCCGGGUCAGGUCCAUUGAGUCUCUCGCACUGGAGUCACCGCAGCUGCAAGGAUCAAGUGUUGGGAAAUCAGGUCUACCAAGAUCUCACAGCGAAUCAGCAACAGGAUUUACCGGCGUCUCCAGGCGACAUGGGCGAGGUCGGGAUGAGCAGAGGCGGCAUACCAUAUCCAACGGAGUAGAUUACGGAAUGUUGAAGCAAAUGAAAGAGCUGGAGCAGGAGAAGGACUCGCUACUGGCGGGCCUGGAGGUGGUGGAGCGGGCCCGAGACUGGUACCAGGGCCAAAUCCACAAUGUCACAGAGAGACAGCGGCAGGUCGGCCAGAACUCUCACUGCACGGAUUUCUUCACAGAAGCUAAUCAGAGUCGCAUGAAUGUCCUAAUACCCAAAUUGCAAGAAGUCAACCGCUGCCUUAAUGACCUUAUUUCCUGCUCUGGAAUGCAGUCAUUUCCCUCUAGCGCUGCUCAGAAAGCUGCUAACCCGCAGCCUCCAGUUCCAGCUCCCCCACAAGCCAUCCAGAGACUGAAGGACCAGAACCGACUCCUCACACAAGAGGUGACGGAGAGGAGCGAGCGCAUCACACAGCUGGAGCAGGAGAAGUCUGCCUUGAUAAAACAGCUUUUUGAGGCUCGAGCCCGCGGUGCGCAAGACACCAGCACCAUGGACUCCACCUUCAUCUGAAAACCGUUACACUCCACCCCAAACUAUAGCAUGUUUAGCACCAGCUAAGAAUUUUCAUGACGCUGGUCCCAAGCGAACUUUGAUAAGACUGUAAGCUGACCGUUGUUUACCCGCAGUGAUGCACCUUUUACCCAUGCCACGCCCACACCCUGGACUGCAGCAUGCAACCACUCCACCCCAAACCAAACCAUGCACUACCUAGAUGUGAACACUCCGAGAAAAACCUGAACAAAAUGACUUGACUCGAGAGUCUUUUACUUGCUUCCUUUAAAUCUCCAACUAAGACAAAAAGACUGACAUCCCAUCACAUUUCUUGCAGGAUCAAAGAAUCUGCAGAGUUCUCCACUCCUCUUUAAAGACUGUUGUUUAAUGUUUCUGUAUGCUACUCGACUGUACAGGCAACAUAAAUCCAUUAACUUAAAGGAGGGGGGAGAUUUCUGUUGGAAUAAAAUGCCAUGUUCUUAGAAUUAAAUAUGAAAUAACUGGCUGGAUCUGCUUGCUAUGACCUAUCAAUUACAUUUUUGUUAGUUUGGUACUUUGAUUUAAAUGAUAAUAGGAUACACUUUGCCCAAUGUCUUUCAGUAUUUUUUCCUUUGAAUGUAAAUGAGUUAUAAUAUGUUUACCUGACAUUGGCUUUCUGGGUUUCAUUUAGAACACUGAGGGACAGAUAAUUUGUAUAUGUUAUCAAAGCAUGUUUAAUGCUAGGCCCUUUGAUGAGCUUUACGGAAUUUUUUAAUAUUGAAAAGAUAAGAGAUGGGCGGAGCCUACAAGCCACUGAGAUGUAGAGGCAGAGGCAGACAAGAGAAGUUUGGAAGUUUGCACGUAGACGAGAGCUGAGGAGGACAAACAUGGCAGAUGGUGAAUGUGUCGGGGCCCGAGCUCCGUGGUUGGGAGAGAAACUAAGGAAAAUCACGUUGGCUACCUAGUGCUACAACCCCUGUAUGUCUUUACAGUGAAUUCUUUGCAUGGCAGUUAAAGAAUAUUUAUCUUUUGAAAAGAUUUCUGUUUAAAACGUUGAGAGUAGCACAGAUCUAAAUACCAGUUGUGUCCGUGUAAACGUCCCUCUUUACCAGGAUCGGUUGAGACUAAAAGUAUAAAAAUAUUCAACCAUCCACAAAGUUUACAUGAGAAAUAUUUAGUUAGUAGGUGGCGGUAGGAGAAAAAACAUUUUAGUUUUAUAAAGGAUUUGUACGGUACUGCUGGGAUGUCUGCACAUAGCAUAUUGUUGAUGUCUGUUUCCCACUUGUUUGAUUGUAUGUUUUUUGCUGCUCAAAUUACAUAAUGUGUGAGUGAAACUCUUUUUCUUCAGCUUCCUAUCAAAAUGAUGAAAUGUAAAAUAAAAAAUAUGACCAAACAA